AUGGUGGCUCUAAAUCCGGCCGAUAGGCCUACUUGUGAUCAGUUAAUCAAUUGUAAUUGGUUUCGACAGCCAUCACAUACACCCGUAUCACCUAAAUCAUCAUUAUCAUCAACACCGCCAUAUAAAACACUGGUAUCCCCAUCAACACCACCUGGACAAACAAUUCAAUCACUGGAUGCGACCACCGUCACCGGGCAACCGCCAUCCCCGUACGCUUUUGUACGACAACGGUAUCCCAAUUGGAAAACAGUAGGCAAACAAUAUCUAAGACCGAUACCCAAAGACCAGCCGUUGUUAUUCACAGAAAAAAAAUUUGCCGAACUUAAAGGUAUAAAAUUUGGCAAACUUUUGGGCUCAGGUGGCUAUGGACAGGUAUACGAAUGUGAGAUAACUAAACCAUUAUCUUGUAAUAGAUCCGUAUAUCCCACUGGACAGUUGGCCGUAAAAAUUGUAUCGCUAAAAGAUUUUGACGAUAAAAUACGGACACCGUAUGAGGCGCUGAAAAAAAUGAUAGCCGAAUAUCGAUUGCACUGUAAGCUCGAACACGACAACAUUGUCUCAUCAAUCGAUAUGUUCGGUAUCCACGAUCCGGACACACAGUUUCCAUGUAUACGACACCUGCACUUUAUGGAGCUAUGCAAUGGAAAUCUAGUGGAUCUGUUGAAUUUGUUUAUAACAAUGAGCGAACUAUACGCCAGAAUCUGGUUUCGACACAUAUGUCAAGGGCUCCGGUAUCUACACUCAUGGCGUAUCUGUCAUCUGGAUAUCAAGUGUCUGAACAUUCUCUAUAAAGGUUUUUAUAUGAAUUCUGUAUUCAAAUUGGCUGACUAUGGUCUGGCCGGUUAUAUAAGUGAAAUUUGUGGUACGUUUGGAACCGAUGGCUAUAUGGCACCGGAACUCAACAACAAGACAAAAGUGAAUACCUUUCCGUGCGAUAUCUGGUCGCUGGGUGUGACACUGUGCGAGACAUUGGGUGGCGUUCACAACGACGUUUUGGUCAGAGAUGCGCUCAGUAAGCUGACCGACCAGAGCCAGUUCGCUGCGUUCAAAGGUAAUACCAGCUAUAAGAUCGAUACCUACGAGUUUUGCCAAAUGAUCAACAGUAUGGUUGCUCUAAAUCCGGCCGAUCGACCUACUUGUGACCAAUUGAUUGAUUGCAAUUGGUUUCGGCAGCCAUGA